CGGCGGCGGCGAGGCCGUGAGGCGGGAGCGCGGCGGCGGGAGGGGGCCGGCUGCGGCUUUGCCUUUGUGCUGCGCUGUCGCUUAAAGCCGCGCAGGUCCCCGGGGAGGGGAACGGCGGUUCGCCACGCUCAAGAUGGAGGGGAAGUGUUAAGGCGCUGCUGAGGGGAGGCUUCCUCUGCCCUGAGGCCAGAGUCCACAGGGCAGAGUCCGGGCUACUCGCCCAGUCUGCCCAGUCCUCCCAGUCCCUGCGAGCUGCUGGGGCAGGUGCUGCGUGUCCCCUUGGCACCUGGGGCAGGUGGCAGCGAGGAGCAGGGGCACCUUGGCUGUCUCCUGGGCAGGGAAGGUGAAAGCUGCCCCCGCUGUGGUGGCCAUGGCGGGCAGUGAGGCGGCCGGCGGGCUGGGUGCCACCUGCGUGCUGGGCAUUGACCUGGGCACCACGUCCGUUAAGGCUGCCCUGGUGGUAGGGGGAGAGCGGGGGCAAGUGGUGGCCGAGAGCUGCUCCAGGGAGACGCAGGCGCAAGCGGGUAGCCCGGGCGCGGGACCGCAGGGCAUGGAGCAAGAUGUCCGGAAGAUAAUAAGAGCACUGAAUGAAUGCCUUGCUGCUCUACCCCAGCAACAGCUUCAAAGAGUCAGUCACAUUGGUAUUUCAGGACAAAUGCAUGGGAUUGUAUUUUGGAAAAGUGAUCAAGGUUGCAAAUGGACAGAGAGUGGAACUGGCCCAACCUUUGAGCCCGAGGAGGUCAGUAAUCUGAUUACUUGGCAAGACGGCCGCUGCAGCCCUGGCUUCCUCUCUUCUCUUCCUCAGCCACAGUCACAUACCAGCUUGGCUACAGGAUUUGGAUGUGCCACAGUCUACUGGUAUUUAAAGAAGAGUCCAGAUUUUCUGAAGUCUUAUGAUGCGGCUGGCACUAUCCAUGACUAUGUGGUUGCCAUGUUGUGUGACCUGAGGAAGCCACUGAUGUCUGUCCAGAAUGCUGCCAGCUGGGGAUAUUUUAAUUCCAGAAGCAAAAGUUGGAAUAUCGACAUCUUGAAAAAGUCCGGCUUUCCUGUUCACUUGCUUCCAGAGGUGGGAGACCCUGGCAGUAUUGCAGGCAGGACAAUCUAUGCAUGGCAUGGAAUACCCAAGGGAGCAGAAGUCGGAAUUGCCCUGGGAGAUCUCCAGUGCUCUGUUUAUUCUUGUCUGACCGAGAGGACUGAUGCAGUUCUCAACAUCAGCACCUCUGCUCAGCUGACCAUCUCUAUGCCCCCAGGAUUCCAGCCUCCAGAGAAACCAGAUCCUUUCUCAGCUGUUACUUAUUUUCCCUACUUCAAUGAUAACUACUUGGCAGUGGCAGCAUCACUCAACGGAGGCAAUGUUCUAGCAACGUUUGUGGACAUGGUGGCCCAGUGGACAGCAGAGCUGGGCCUUGAGGUUCAGGAGACUACUAUCUAUACUAAGAUAAUCAAAGCAGCCUUGGCCCAAAACAACAGCAAACUCUCAAUCCACCCAACCGUAUUUGGAGAGAGGCACAUGCCUGAGCAGCUGGCUUCAGUGACCAAUAUCUCUGUCUCUGACCUCUCCCUGGGUUAUGUAACUAGAGCUCUGUGCCGUGGGAUCAUUGAAAAUCUCCAUUCCAUGCUGCCCUCUGAGCGCCUGACGGAGACGGGAGUGAGGAGGAUUCUGGGAACCGGGAGUGCCCUUGCCAGGAAUGAAGUGCUGAGGCAGGAAGCAGAAAGAAUUUUUCCCUUCCCUGUGAUUUAUGGGAAGGAUGUUGACGCUGCUGUGGGGGCUGCCAUGGUGAUGUUCCACAGAAAAUAAAGUCAUUGUUUGGAAUGGUCUGA